AGAGAUCACAAAAUCGGGAGCGAUUUGGGGAUUUAGGGUUUCGAAAUCGAAAGCGUCGUCGUUUUUGAAAUGGCGUUGGGCAAGGUGAAGGAGCUCGUCUCGUCCAAUCCGGUAGUCAUCUUCAGCAACAAGCUUUGUCCUUACUGUGUUUGCGUGAAGCAGCUCUUCGUUCUAAAAUUGGGAGUCCAGUACAAGGCCAUUGAAUUGGACCAAGAGAAGAUUAGUAUUUUCUUUUGGGAUUUAGUUAUUCCCCCAACACAGAGAAAGGGACGAGACGAAACAAAAAGAGAGAGAGAGAGAGAGAGACAAGAGAACAGGCAAGAACGAAAAGAAAGAGAAGAGAGAGACGGGAAGCUCUUGCUUAGAUUGUACUUUUUGCGUUUUAAACAGCUCCAGUUUUUAACAAGAAGCUACUUUGUCUAUGUAAUUUUGCUGAUGGAGAUCUUCAACAUCAGCGUAGGUUAUUUGUUUGGAACAAAUAAACACUACAGACUGAAAGCACACUGGAAGAUCACAUGAUGAUAGUUACUGAUGUUGGAUUUAGAACAAAUCUCCUGAACAGAAUAAGGACAAGUAUGAUCGUAGAGUUCUACGAGUUCAGAGUCGAUGAGUAAAAUAGAGGCAAUGUUUGAAGCUGAACUUGAGAGGUUAGGGCUAAACAGCAGUACUUCUACUUUGGAGCGAAGAUUAAUUUGAGAGCUUCCAAACAGUGUUCAUCAAGUUUCUGAAGAUUACAUUUGGGAAAACUCUAAUACUUUACAGGCCAGUGUUUACAUCAGAGGAAGUCGAGUUUUGGCAGCCAUAACAUCAACAAC